GGCGAGCCACGCGAGCGAAUCGGAGCCACUCCGGAGCAGCCGCUGCCUAGUGUCUAAACGUACCCCCUUGGUGCAUCCCCUUCCCCGCCGCCCACCAUGCCCAUGGAGCUGACGCAGAGCCGGAUCCAGAAGAUUUGGCUGCCCAGCGACCACCGCCCCGCGCCGCCCCGCCGAGCAUGUGGGCCGCAGCUAACAAAUUCCCCCACGGUGAUCGUUAUGGUUGGCCUUCCUGCUCGUGGGAAGACUUACAUCUCGAAGAAGCUGACACGCUACCUCAAUUGGAUCGGUGUCCCAACAAAAGUCUUCAACGUGGGAGAGUAUCGCCGAGAAGCCGUGAAGCAUUACAGCUCCUACGACUUCUUCCGCCCCGACAAUGAGGAGGCCAUGAAAGUCCGGAAACAAUGUGCCUUAGCUGCCUUGAGAGAUGUCAAAUCGUACCUGUCAGAGGAGGGUGGCCAGAUCGCGGUUUUUGAUGCCACCAAUACAACAAAGGAGAGAAGAGGAAUGAUUUUAAACUUUGCCAAAGAGAACAGAUUCAAGGUGUUCUUCAUCGAAUCCGUUUGCAACGACCCCACAGUGGUUGCCACAAAUGUCAUGGAAGUUAAAUUGUCCAGCCCAGAUUACAGGGACUGUAACUCAACUGAUGCCAUGGAGGACUUUAUGAAGAGAAUCAAUUGUUACCAGUCCAGCUACCAGCCACUUGACCCAGAUGACUAUGACCGGGAUCUCUCUCUGAUCAAAGUGAUCGACGUGGGGCGGAGGUUCCUGGUGAACAGGGUCCAGGAUCACAUCCAGAGCAGAAUCGUCUACUACUUAAUGAACAUCCAUGUCCAGCCCCGCACCAUUUACCUCUGCCGACACGGCGAGAGUGAAUUCAACCUCAAGGGGCAAAUAGGGGGUGACUCGGGACUCUCCAACAGGGGCAAGAAGUUUUCCAUUUCACUGAAAAAAUUUGUUGAGGAGCAGAACCUGAAGGACCUCAAAGUCUGGACCAGCCAGAUGAAAAGGACGAUCCAAACAGCAGAAGCCCUCAAGUUGCCCUAUGAGCAGUGGAAGGCACUCAAUGAAAUCGAUGCGGGUGUAUGUGAAGAGAUGACUUAUGAAGAAAUCAAGGAACAGUAUCCAGAAGAAUUUGCCUUGCGGGAUCAGGACAAAUAUUACUACCGCUACCCUUCUGGAGAGUCCUACCAAGAUCUAGUGCAGCGCCUGGAACCGGUCAUCAUGGAGCUGGAGAGGCAGGAGAAUGUCCUAGUGAUCUGUCACCAGGCGGUGAUGCGGUGUCUCCUGGCUUACUUCCUAGACAAGAGCGCAGCUGAAAUGCCCUACCUGAAAUGUCCCCUCCACACCGUGCUGAAGCUGACCCCCGUGGCAUAUGGCUGCCGGGUUGAGUCCAUCUGUCUGAACGUUGAAGCAGUGAACACUCACAGAGAACGGUCAGAGGAAGCAAAGAAGGGACCUAACCCGCUCAUGAGACGCAAUAGUGUUACCCCUCUAGCAAGCCCAGAACCCACCAAAAAACCUCGCAUCAACAGCUUUGAGGAGCAUGUGGCUUCUUCUUCUGCCGCCCUGCCAGUCUGUAUGCCCCAGGAGGUGCCCACCCAGCUGCCUGGACAACCUUUACUAGGGAAGGCAUGUCUAACAUGAAUAACUCGCAGAAGCAAUCAUGAUUUCUUCCGGGGCAGUGAAAGCCGACAAGAGAAGCCAACUCCACUCCAUCAUCAUUUCUGAAGCUUGCUUGUAUCGUACUCCUCCAUUCGACUCGAGGUCGACCUUUGGCUGCUUCUACCAUAGCUGUUCAUCUGCGAGCUUGGACUCUCUUGAAUGGGGGAGAGAGAGAAUUUUGAAAUGGGGGGAAAAAAGUGGAUUCAACAUCAAAUCCUUAGGCCAUUUUGUGUUUCCUCUCUGGUGUUUGAUCUACCGUAGCAAGCUGUACAGUGCUUCUAGUGCACAGAGUUUCCGAACUUUAUUUUUGUUUGUAAGCGAUGUGAUCUCCUCGCAGGGACAACCAUCUGGUACCGACUCGUCUUCGGGUUGCGAGGAGGUACACGGAUGUUGCAGGGGUAGCAGAGAAAUAUAGGGAGGACUUUUAAAUCUUCUCAUCCAUCGUAUCAGGCUCCUUAGAGACUGGCGGCGGUCGGGAACCUGUGUGCAUCCAGUCUCACUGAAGUAUGUGACCUGACUGCAGAGAAGGCAGAGGCAAUGGUGUGAAAUCUUUGGCUGUUGGAGCUGAAUUUUGCAGCUGGUUUUAACAAAAAAGAAAAAAAAAGUGGAGGAAAAAAAUACACUAUCUGUAUUACUAUGAAAGGGAUCUGCAGAGAAUGUCAAUCUGCUUCUGAAACCAAGUUAAACUGCCUUUAGCAUAAAACCCAGCUUCCCUGGUGCUAGCUUAGGAGGUGAUUUUUGGCCACUGGCUGACUUGAAGUGGCAGCUCGGCUUGUAUUGUGGGAAGCCCUUGAAUUAUUUUUUUGUUGUUGUUGUUGCUGUUUUGAAUUGAAUUUGGGUUGUACGGGCGAGGGGUGGGAUGGGAUGGGGACAGAGACUUAUGUGAUCGAAGACGCACGUGCUGUAUUUAUAUUUGAUUUGUAAUCCAUCUGCCUGCCCUCCCCUUCUUUAGAUGGAUUUUGGUCUGCAGGACCAGGGCAGCCUUUUCAAAACUAGGUGUCCACGCUAAGCUAGAUGUGUUUUGCAGACACGUGAGUCUGAGGUGUACGGAGGCCUCUCCAAGAGAAGCAAAUUCUCUUUGAGGGAGGAGUGCAUGUGUAGAUCUAGAAGAAGUCACAAUACGAGACACUCAUUUCUUUUUUUAAAAACCUCUUGGUUUUUGCACUUUGUGUGUGGCAGGAGCAUGAUUUUAUUUUCCUUCUUUCGGCAAAUCCUGCCCUUGGCAGGUGAAGCCUAAAUCCCCAGAUCCUGUCCUGCAUGUGCUGAAGAGCUAAGGCCACAAAGCAGUGGAUAGGGACAGUAUUAACAGGGUGGGUUGAGGUGUGAGCUACUAAUUUUUUAUAAAGCAGCUGUAGGAACUGGCAGGUGCCCAAGUGUUGUGUGUGCAAAUCCCUUCUUGACACACUGGUCAGGUUAAGGGGUUUAAGACCAAGAUGAACCACUACUAUGUGAUCGUGCAGAAGUUUGCGUGCGUGUCUGUGUGCUUGUGUGUUGGUUUUUUUUCCACUGAUGGGAUUCCUUCCUCACGGCAGAAGCACUGGGGAGACUUUGUUUGAAGCAGUCCUAGCUUUCUCUCCCCUCCACCCAGGACGUACAUUUAUUUUUAUUUUUAUUUUUUUUGCUCACCCCUAGGCUUCAUUGGGAGCCUACCAUGCAUCCUGUCCAGCAUACAAGCGCAGAGCCAAAAAAAAAAAAUCAGAGUAGAGCUCAAGCAAUACUUCUUUGUCUUAAUGUGCAACUAAAUCAUAUUCCGAAAGGACGCACUGUACAGUCCAUUAGCUAAACGGGGGGACCCUCGGCUGGGACCCCUCCAACUUUUGUCCCCGUCUCUCUCUCUUUCCUUUCGUUCUUGCUUCCGGUAACAGCUAGUGAUAUUUCUGCAGAUGGGAGCAGAGAGGCUCUGUUGGAAAGUGGCUACUUUUUUUUUUUGCCGAAGAAAGGCAAACCACAGUGCCUAAUGCUUUAGUCUUGCACAGUGCAAAUGCUUUGUAUGUCUUCAAGCAGCACCAGCCAGAGGCCAUCACUGGCUCUCUCCGCUCACAUCUGACCAUCGAUGAUAUUGGUGACCUGCCCGUGUGAGGUUGCUCGCAUACACACAUUCUUGUACAGAUGAAGUGGAGAAGACACUUUUUUUUAAAUAGCCAUGUUAAACAGAGUCCCCUUUCCAUGCGUCCGUGUGCAUGUUUUAAUGUCUGCCCUUUAAAUUCACUGUUGUUUUUUUUAAGAGACUGAUUUUUUUUUUUUUCUUUUUUCUGAGGGCAAGUGUCUUUUAUCUUCUGAAACCACUUCCCUAGGAGCGUGACUGUCUCCUCCUGCUAUAGGAAGAUAACGCAGCAAACGCAAACACGACGUCCACAGAGCCCUCCCCAGUAUCAAUACAGAAAACAUGUGAUCUCCAAACAAAAUUUUUUUUUUUUUUUUUUUUUUUUUAUUUUAACUUUUUUAAUCUGGCUAGUCAAAAAGGAGAUUUUAUUUAUGGCUUCAAAUUAGCAGAUGGAUUUCCCCCUCCCCUCCCCUUAGUGGUGGUGAGUUGAGCAAGAUGCUGGAAGGAAGAGAAAUUCGUUGUCACACCAGAAACACGACAGCAGUCCUCUGAUUUCUUGUAAAAAACGCAACUAUUGGGCAAUGCCAUCCUGAGUACAGGAGCAAGUGAGGAAAAAGAAUUUGAUGAACCACACCAAUGACUUGUUUCUUUUUCUUUUUUUCCUUUGUGAUACUUGAAUUAAUUUUUUUAUGAUUUUGAUAGCAAAGUGGUGUUUAUUUAUUUAAUGUAUUCUGCAAAGCUUGGAGAGAAGGUUUUUUUUUGGGGAGGAUUUUUUUUUUUUUUUUUUUGACUUGUGGUAUGUUAAAUGUAUUCUGUAUAUAUGUCUGGAAUAAUUGCCUGAGACAAAGCUGUGUCAGCUUAAAAACAGGGUAUGCCUUUCAGAAAUUUGUAUAUUUUGCAGUUGCUGGACCAAUAAAAUAUCUUGUUGGAA